GACGGAAAAGGGAAAAUUAAGAUUUUUUUUAUCUGUAAACGAGAGUUUCGUUUUUUUACUCAAAAUUUUGCUUCUGAAAUCUCUCUUUGAUUUUCGAGGGAAAAAAUCCUAAGAAGGGAAUGCAGAGAGAUGGUCGGAGUAUCGCCGGUGAAGACUAAGCUGUGUGAUCGGUUUAACCGAUCUGUUGGCGGCAGGAAUUGCCACCGGAAACACGUCGAGGACGGGUGAUCCAAUUUCUUAACUCUCGAAUUCUCCGAAAAUAUCGAAAAAUCGCAAAUCUUUUUUUUUUCUUUUUUUUCAAAAUUCUCAAAUUAUCGUUGUAAAGUAAAAAAUCAUGGUCGGAGCAAAACCGGUGGAGAAUGGAUCUGACGGUGGUAGUAGUACGGGGCUGCUUCACGGCCGUUAUGAGCUAGGUCGUCUUCUAGGUCACGGAACAUUUGCGAAGGUGUAUCACGCUCGUAACGUACAGACCGGAAAAAGCGUGGCGAUGAAAGUCGUCGGAAAAGAGAAAGUGGUGAAAGUUGGGAUGGUUGAUCAGAUCAAACGCGAGAUCUCAGUGAUGAGGAUGGUCAAACAUCCAAACAUCGUCGAGCUUCACGAAGUUAUGGCGAGCAAAUCAAAGAUCUAUUUCGCCAUGGAGCUCGUACGAGGCGGAGAGUUAUUCGCUAAAGUAGCUAAAGGAAGACUACGCGAAGACGUAGCUCGUGUGUAUUUCCAGCAAUUGAUCUCAGCCGUUGAUUUCUGCCAUAGCCGUGGUGUUUAUCACCGAGAUCUGAAACCGGAGAAUCUCUUGUUAGACGAAGAAGGUAAUCUUAAGGUGACUGAUUUUGGUCUCUCUGCUUUCACUGAGCAUUUGAAACAAGACGGACUUCUUCAUACGACUUGUGGAACUCCGGCGUAUGUUGCGCCGGAGGUUAUAUUGAAGAAAGGAUACGACGGAGCUAAGGCGGAUCUGUGGUCUUGUGGUGUUAUACUCUUUGUGCUUCUUGCUGGUUAUUUGCCUUUUCAAGAUGAUAAUCUUGUGAAUAUGUAUAGGAAGAUUUACAGAGGAGAUUUCAAAUGUCCUGGUUGGCUUUCUUCUGAUGCUAGACGGCUUGUGACUAAGCUUCUUGAUCCGAAUCCAAAUACUAGAAUUACCAUUGAGAAGGUUAUGGAUUCGUCUUGGUUCAAGAAACAAGCUACGAGAUCAAGAAACGAACCGAUUGCUGCUGCCACAACCAAGGAAGGAGAAGCAGAGGAUGUCGAUUUCUCGGUGCAUAAGUCGAAGGAAGAGACGGAGACGUUAAACGCGUUUCAUAUAAUUGCGUUAUCGGAAGGGUUUGAUUUGUCGCCGUUGUUUGAGGAGAAGAAGAAAGAGGAGAAGAGAGAGAUGAGAUUCGCGACUUCUCGGCCAGCGAGUAGCGUGAUUUCGAGUUUGGAAGAAGCGGCGAGAGUUGGGAAUAAGUUUGAUGUGAGGAAGAGCGAGAGUAGAGUGAGGAUUGAAGGGAAACAGAAUGGUCGGAAAGGGAAAUUGGCGGUUGAAGCGGAGAUAUUCGCGGUGGCUCCGUCGUUUGUUGUCGUGGAAGUGAAGAAAGAUCAUGGAGAUACUCUUGAAUACAACAACUUUUGCAGCACUGCUCUUAGACCAGCUCUCAAGGACAUUUUCUGGACCUCUACACCUGCUUGAAUUUGAAUUCUUGUGUUUUAUAUUCCUCUGUGUAAUGUAUUGUUGGAUUCUAGAUUCGAUUCGUGAUUCUUGUUCUUGAUUCUAAAUGUUCAUCGUUUGGAUCGUGCAAAAAGUUGUAAGUCUUUUGUGUGUUUUGAGUCGUGGCCGAUAUGUUGCGUCACGAAGCAGAGAUUGUUGUGUGUGGUGUAGAAUGGUGUCUUAAAGAUUCCAUCAUCAAUAAAUCAAUAAAUGAUAAUUAUGACU